AUGGCAUAUCCACCUUCGAUCCCCGCGCGGUCAACAUUCAUUUCUUUCCUGAGGUGUCUCCAAUACCAUUCCAAGCCGAUCACCUCAUUCCGGUCCACCUUGUCUAGACGGAUCAUAAAUCCGCGGGGCCACCGCAUUUCAGAAGAUUGCUAUACGGUUACAUUGCCAAAUACCACUGCGAUUUUUAUUGCUUCUGCAGAUUCAGCGGGUCCGCUAUCACAAAACGUUGGAACAGAAUCAAAGCCGAUUGCGCAAUUUAGUGAUGAGGAGCUCCUUGCAAGAUUCACCCGCGGGUUUUUCGGAGGGAAUAUCUUCGCGCCCGAGAGGUUUAUUUUGGGAAUCGGUGGUGCGAAGAUGUUCCAGGCCCAAUUCGAUGGAUAUCAGCAGCGCUUCGAACAUGGGCAUAGUGUUGGCGGGAUAGACGUACUAAAACCUUCCGACAUUCCAAAAGACAAGCUGUUACCAAUCAACUCAAAGAUCUACGGAGGAUUUCUCGUUAUUGACUCUCACAUACUUCCGACUUCCUCGACACCUUCUCAAGGCUCAACCAACGAGUUGGAGACACUUUAUUCAUAUAUCGACAUUGGCUUUGGCCUUGGUGACUUUGGGGGCGCCCAUCGCUUCUCGGUACAUCGACAAUGCCCGCACGAGCCCCAAAAACAAGCCAACUGGAUAUCUAGUGAAAAGGAUCGGGAAGUGAUAACCUUCAGUUUGUCUCAUUUCACUUGCAACCCGAAUCGGGCAGAAGACACCCUUGCGACGGUACGGUAUUUGAAUUGGUUCCAUCAGUUGUACGCGAAGGUACUAUUCGCAGAUGCAUUGAAAGGUGUCAUGGGCUACUAUUGA